ACUAGGUAUGGGCUAUAAAUGUAAAUAGACGUGGCAACCCUGAGUCUGGACUUCCUGGCGAGGCGGGGCUCAGCAGCAGAUAACUAACAUCUGGCGAAGAGCUCGAGCUCUCCACCUCGGGCUGCAGAGACAUCUCUUAGCGACGAGCCCUGUGGUCUGCCUCUAGCCUGUCUAUGAACUGAAGUGCCUCAUUUCUAAAAGAACAGAGCGUCCUCAUCAUGUCUGCGGCAGCUCCCAACAGUAAGAGCCAGUCCAGUCUCAGAGAAGACUUGACCUGCGCCAUCUGCUGUGACCUCUUUACUGAGCCGGUGAUGCUGGGGUGCAUGCAUCACUUCUGUAAGCACUGUAUCAGUACCUACUGGAGGGGUACCCAGACACCGGUUUCCUGUCCCCAGUGUAGGAAGGAGUUCACCACCAAACACUUCCAGACCAACUAUCUGGUGACAGCCAUGGUGGAGAAGGUUAGGGCCUCCACCUCGGACUGUUAUGUCCAGAAUAUACAGAAACAACAGAAGGAUUCGUUGGAGGCCCACAGACGGAGACGAGAGGAUUUCAUCACUGUUCUAAAUGGAGACAAGGACAAGAUGGAGAGCAUCAAGAGAAUUGGCUCUGAGCUGCAGGUGCGAUCAAGGGGAGUUCCAGGCGUUGCAUGCCUGCCUUGCGGAGGAGGAGGCGUGUGUGUUGGAACAGCUGCGGAGGGAGGCAGAGGUGGCUCUGGAGCAGCUGCAGCAGCCACCUGGAGGCUGUCCGAGAGGCUGUCAGUCAGCUGGACCACA